GCAUUUUUAAUGUGAUUUUUUUUUCCGGGUACCAGUUUAGGAGUUACCGCAUCUUCGGAAUGGAAAAGCCCAAUGUCAAUCUAUAUUCUCACUCUUGCAUAUUUACCAUAACCAAAUCCUGUCAUUUGCACUGUUGUCCUUUAUAUUACUGCUUUUAUUUAAGUUUGCGCUCUUCUGUAGCCACGAUCACUAUGUAAUUUGUUAAAAAAAUAUAUAUAUGUAUAUAUAUAAUAGUAAUAAUAUAGUGUAUGUAUGUGCAUACAUAUACAUGCGCGUGUGUGUGUAUAUAUGGAUAUGUAUGUCGUUCCGUUCCAGUGAAGCUAUGUGCUGCUAGGCAGAACCUCGUGAAUCCACGUUUACUUAUAUAUUACUUGUAUGACGUAUUUGUAUUGUUUUUAUUUGGGGAAAAAAGAAGAAAAAAGUUUUUACUUUUGUUUUUUUUUUUGCGUCUUAUUUUAUUUGGAUAAAAGCUGUACGUCUACUACUUUCACCAACUGAAUUACAACCAAGGAAAUAAAUUAUCUAGGGACAUUAUCACAUUUAAAGUUGAUCAUUCUUCACUUAUCUAUUUACGUGAACUGUCUUUUCACAAUAUAUUUAUAUAUGUAGAUAAAUUUACACACCUACACAUAACUUAGCUCUAAUUGCCCGCUCUCACUCUCUCCUCUAUUUCUUUCUAUUUGUGUUUAUAUCAUCUGUAUUUUAUAUACGAACAUAUAAAGUAUUCUAAAAUUAUGCCUGAUGGCUUCAACUACAAAUUCAAAAUUUCCUGUUUACCGAAUGGAAGGAAAUUUAUUACAAACUAUGGCAAAAGAAAAUAGAUACUUUUCUAAGUUCAACAACAAAGUCGGCCGGUAUCACUGUUAUAUUUAAAAAAAAAAACUUCAUUUCACAAUUUGAUUUGUAAUUAUGAUAUCGUAGUUGUUAUGCAAUUUAUUUAUUAUUAUUUAAAAUAGCUUCUUCAAAACCUUCUACAAACACUUCUCUUUGUUUUGUAACUUUUUUUCCGCGCGUCACUUAGUAUUUCUGACCAUGUUUAAAACGAUUUCCCUACUUCAACGGCUUUUAUAUUCCAUUCUUCCGUUGGUGUUGGCUUUUAUAAACUCGUUGAAUUACAUAAACGUCUUCUUAAACUCCUACGACCUAUUCAGUUUAUCUUAGUUAGUUACAUUCAUUAUACAUAUAGAUACAGAACAUCGAUAAAUACACGUAUAUUUGGAAAUAUACGUGUAUUAAAAUAUUUUUUUUUUGCAUAAGCUCUUAUUUAAAAGUUUAACAUUACUGUCCUUAAUUUACUUAUAAAAUUGAAAGUUAUCAAAGUUAUUUUCAGUAAAUGCUUCAAGUUGUUUGUGCGAACGUGAUAAAUUUUUCGAAAAUUCCAACUGACUUACGUUCACACUUCUCGUUUUUUAAGAAGCAAGUGGAAACGUAUCCUGAGGUUAUCAUCCUCUCUUUUUCUCCUCUUAGCCUCACCUUUUCCAUAAAAAUGUAUUGAUUUCCUCAUACUUUGUUAGUUAUAUACAUUUUUCUCAUAACGUUUGAAACUAUUUCUCAUCCAUACAUCCUCACCUCUUUCUUCCUCAUUUUCCGUCUGUCAGCCUGUCUCUCUCUCUCCCCAACAACUAUCUUCUGUUAUAUUGCCGGUUUACUGUCAUUAUACCAACUUUUAUAUUCUCUCUCUGUCUCUCUCUCCCUCCCACUAGAUGUGAACUGUACUAUUACUUCUAUAUCUACAAACUACAGUCGACAUAAUUGUUUUUAAAUCUCACAGCUAUGAAUUGUUCACUGUUUCUUUCAAACCCCAAAGGUUUACAACUCAUUCCUUUGACUUCGAAAUAAUCUUUCAGAAGCAAUUCUACCACACAGGACUACCACCCGUAAUAUAAUUAUUUAUUUAUUUCAAUCCACCUAUCAGUUUACUCGUACUGUCCUUGUUAGAAUUAUCAGUAAGCUCCACUCUUGUUAUCUUUUUAUUUAUUCGUUCACUUCUAUUGACGAUGGAUUGUAUACAUGUUUGCACGUGGCUGAAUAAUAACAAAAUAAAAGGAAAAAGGUGCUCAAAGAUUCUUGCUUAAAAGUUAUCAUCGACAUCCUUUUAAUAUUAUAAAUUAUUAAUUACGGCCGUUUAUAUUUAAUUAUAAUGUAGUUUAGUUGGCUUUUCUUCCAUUCAUUUUCUUUGUUCUUCUAUCAUUUUUUCUACAUCUUUAGAUUUUAAAAUGUUACUAUCAUGUUUUUCUCUAGAUAUUCGUCUUACUACACCAGUUAACAUACAUAGUAUGUUAUAAAUCCAUAGUUCCAGUUAUGAAGGUCGUUUAAUCCAAGCUCUAAACAGUUGUCGUUUCCACUAUAUAUUCCCAGUUGCCAAUACUUUAUCAUUACAUUCUUUAUAUGAUCACACUGACUGUUGAUAGGGUUCGAUUUGUGCUCGCUCUCUAUCUAUAGUUUUUUUUUUCCUUCUGUUUCGCGCCUAAUUUUGCAACUUCUGAAAAUACCAUCAUUGAUAAUUAUUUUAGACUUCCAUUUCAGACUUUCAUUCUUCUUUCUAUCCCUUUUCCUUCCUACUUUUUACAGACCAAACUUUUAAGUGACCUAAUAAAUUAAGAAGAAAAAAAAAUCGAGGCAAAAUAACAACCACAAUAACAGAUCUUAUUGACCAAAGAAACAAAACUAACUGGUGCCAAUUGAACCUCACCUAAUUGUAUGUAACGUUGGAAUUCCAGGCUGCUACUAUAUAAAAAUACUUGGCAUUAAGAGGAACUAUAAAGGUUUCUAUCGCAUCGGCAUGUCAAGCCACCACUAUCCCUAUCAUAGCUCUGAACUUCAAUCGGCUGAUAGCAUACCAAUCGAAGAUGAGGACAAACUACCUUCUCAAAACGAUGAUAACAUAUCUGAAAAGGAAGAAUAUGAACGUAUGGAGAAAUGGCUCGAUGCACAUCCACAAUUCUGCCACAAUUAUUUCGUCCGGAAAGCUCAAAGACAGACGGUUGACGAAUGGCUAUUUCAACAAUCUGAGAGCUCUUGGAGUGCUGGUCAGUCCGAGAACCCUUCAGGUUCGAGAUCUAACUCGGGGGCUAACACACCGGUAAGAAAAAUUUCUACGCAGGAAUUGGAUCGUGGUAGUUUAUUAAAUCCUAUGGUCUCUACUGUUGAUGGAACUCCGACGUUUUUGGCUCCUUUCUCUAAUACAAAUCAAUCGGUUUCUCAACCACAAACAAAACUUCGGAGACGUUCUCGAAGUGAACUUCAGGCAUUAGACGAAAAGGAACUCAUGUAUGAAUUAGUCAAAGACACCUCUGAAGAACUUGAUGUGACAUGUCUAUGUUUUAAGAUUCUUCAGAAUGUCUGUAUUCUACUCAAUGCCGAUCGCUGUUCUCUUUUCCUUGUUCAAUAUAACUAUGCAGGUGAGAAAAUGUUAGUUUCGAAACUCUUUGAUGUCGGUUCGAAUAGUAACUAUGAAGAAUGUCUCAACAGCAUGGAAGAAAUUCGCAUAGAAUGGGGCACAGGGAUUAUUGGAUACGUUGCCAAAACCGGAGAACCUCUUAAUAUUCCGGAUGCUUAUCAGGAUCCUCGCUUUAAUUAUGAGAUUGAUCAAAAAACUGGCUACAAGACACACAGCAUUCUCAGCAUGCCAAUUAAAGACCGAGAUGGUGAAGUGAUCGGAGUUGCACAGACAGUCAACAAGUUCAGUGGAAAAGACGAGCCCUUUGAUGUAAAAGAUGAAAAGAUAUUUACAUUUUAUUUGGCUUUCUGUGGAAUUGGUUUAAAGAAUGCUCAACAAUAUGAGAAAUCGCUGCUGGAAAACAGACGAAACCAGGUUCUUCUUGACCUUGCACGGGUAAUAUUUGAGGAUCAACACACUGUGGCCAAUUUAAUCCACAAAAUCAUGAUGCAUACUCUGGCUCUACUCAAAUGUGAAGUCUGUCAAGUGAUGCUUGUCCAAGACUGUUCUAAGGGUAUUUUUUCUGAUGUCUUUGAACUUCAUGCCACAGAUGUGGACAAGAACAACCAGGAAGAGUUGUCAAGAGAACCAAGAUAUCCAAUUAAUAUUGGCAUCACUGGGCAUGUAGCAACAACCGGAGAUAUUCUCAACAUUCCAAAUGACUAUGCAGAUUGCAGGUUUGACGCAUCUAGUGAUGAAGAUGUUGGUUUCAAAACACGGUCUAUUUUAUGCAUGCCUAUAAAAAAUGCAAGUGGGCAGAUUAUUGGUGUUAGUCAACUUAUCAAUAAAUCAGACCGGACUCCAUUUAACAAGAAUGAUGAGCAUUUCUUUGAGGCUUUUGCCAUCUUCUGUGGUAUGGGAAUUGAUAACACACAGAUGUAUGAAACAGCAAUGAAGGCAAUAGCUCGGCAGCAAGUUUCUCUGGAAGUUCUCUCCUACCAUGCUACUGCGUCGGGCGAAGAGGCUGAAAAACUCAAAAGUAUCAAGGUUCCAACGUCAGCAGAUUUCAAUCUGCUUGAUUACAAAUUCAACGACUUCUCAUUGGACGAUGACAAUACCUUACAAGCUUGUGUUCGGAUGUUCCUAGAUCUUGGAUUUUUACAGCGAUUUCAGAUACGAAAUGAUGUUCUCUGUCGAUGGUUGCUUAGUGUGAAAAAGAACUACAGAAAUGUGACCUACCACAACUGGAGGCAUGCUUUUAAUGUAACCCAAACUAUGUUUUGCAUGAUAAAAACAGGUGAAAUGGGCAACAUUCUUACUCCCUCUGAACAAAUUGCUUUAAUUGUAGCCACGCUGUGUCAUGAUUUGGAUCAUCGAGGACAGAACAAUCAGUUCCAAAAAAAAGCCAUGACGCCUUUGGCCCAGCUCUAUUCUACCUCUACAUUAGAACAUCAUCAUUUUGACCAGUGUAUUAUGAUUCUAAACACAAAGGGAAAUGACAUCCUUAGCAAUAUAAGUCAAGAUGAAUAUCGAAAUAUCGUCCGAGUUCUUGAAGGUUCCAUUUUAGCCACAGACCUGGCUUUAUAUUUCCGGAACCGAACGGAGUUCUUUAAUCUGGUAAACGAAGAAGAAAACUGUGAUUGGACAAAUGAAGAAUCAAGAGAACUCCUACAAGCUAUGAUGAUGACUGCCUGUGAUGUCUCAGCAAUAACAAAACCAUGGGAAAUACAACAAGAGAUUGCUAAACUUGUUGCCCGUGAAUUUUUUGAGCAAGGUGAUAUAGAAAGGCAGCAAUGGAAUAUAACACCAAUAGGCAUGAUGGAUCGAGAUAAGCAAGAUGAACUUCCUUCUAUGCAAGUGAGCUUUAUUGAUGCCGUGUGUCUCCCAGUAUAUCGUGCAAUAAGUAAAAUAUCUCCAAAAUUAAAACCUCUUCAAGAUGGCUGUGAAGAAAACCGUCGACAAUGGCAACGAUUGUCAGAUGAAAGGAAGCUUACGAAGGACGAUUAAAUGGCUUACAUUUUCUCUAAUACAAUUCUGAAAUCCUGUUGUUUUAUGUAAAAAAAAAAAAAACAUGGGAAACUACAACAUCUUGUUUUGAAAACAUUUUUAAACAGUGUCUUAUUGA